AUGACGAUCAAGCCAGCCCGCAACCCCGCGCAAGCCUUGUUCCUCGAGAGAAUGAGAGCCGCGGCGAAGACGGCUGCCAGCAUUUCUUCGUCUCCGGCUCUUACCUUUGAGCUCGUGGCCAGUUGCUCGACAACUCGGGCUCGGGCCUCUAUCCUGACUCUGCCGCAUGGCCCGGUUCAACUGCCCGUGUUCAUGCCGGUGGCCACACAAGCUUCGCUCAAAGGCAUCACCGCCCAGCAGCUCGAGGCAACCGGGUGCAGGCUAUGCCUGAACAACACGUACCACCUAGGACUGAAGCCUGGCCAAGCAGUUCUCGACGCCGUCGGCGGAGCCCACAAGCUGCAAGGCUGGAACCACAACCUCUUGACAGACAGCGGAGGCUUUCAGAUGGUCAGUCUGCUGAAGCUGGCCAAGAUUACCGAGGAGGGCGUCCGGUUCCUCAGCCCGCACGACGGAUCGCCCAUGCUGCUGACGCCCGAGCACUCCAUGUCCCUGCAGAACAGCAUCGGGAGCGACAUCAUUAUGCAGCUGGACGACGUGCUGGUGACGACUUCGCCGGACAAGGCCCGCAUGCGCGAGGCGAUGGAGCGCAGCGUCCGGUGGCUUGACAGGUGCGUGGCGGCGCACAAGCACCCCGACCGGCAGAACCUGUUCUGCAUCAUCCAGGGCGGGCUGGACCUCGACAUGCGGCGCGAAUGCUGCCGCGAGAUGCUGGCGCGGGACACGCCGGGCAUCGCCAUCGGCGGGCUGAGCGGCGGCGAGGCCAAGGACGACUACUGCCGCGUCGUCGAGACGUGCACGGCGCUCCUGCCGCAGCUGAAGCCCAGGUACGUCAUGGGCAUCGGGUACCCGGAGGAUCUCGUGGUCAGCGUGGCCCUGGGCGCCGACAUGUUUGACUGCGUGUGGCCGACGCGCACGGCCCGGUUCGGCAACGCCAUCACCAAGCACGGCGUGCUGAACAUGCGAAACGCGCGGUAUGCCAACGACUUUGGGCCCCUGGAGCCCGGGUGCGGAUGCAUGUGCUGCCGGCCGGGAGAAGAAGGCGGCACGGGCAUCACCCGGGCCUAUGUGCACCACAACGCGGCCAAGGAGACUGUGUCGGCGCACCUGCUCACCAUGCACAACGUGUGGUACCAGCUCAACCUGAUGAGGGAGGUGCGCCAGUCCAUCGUCGAGGAUCGCUUCCCGGCCUACAUCCGCCAGUUCUUUGCCAAUCUCUACAAGGACAAGACGGAGUAUCCUCAGUGGGCAGUGGAUGCUCUGCGCCGGGUGAAUGUAGAUUUGACGGCCGACGCAUAG